AGCUCCAUGCCAGAGAUAGAGAGUGAGAGCGUGGCCUAGCUGCUAGCUGCUAGUUGGCAGUCAUGGAGACAACGUUGAAUGGUUCGCGUCAGCUGCUCGCAUUGUGCGUGGCGCUGAUUGGCUGCUGUUGCUGCUUGGUCGCCGCAGAGCUGCAGCUGCCGAAUGCGGCCAAUAUUAAGGAUCUGGAUGAGCUGAGCGCUCACUAUCUACCCGCUGGCUAUUCGCCCGCAAACGUUAGCCUGGCAGACUUGGAGCGACUGCUGGAGCAGAAGUGCGAGAAGGCGAAUGCCGCUCUGCCCGCCAGCGAAGUGAAUGCGACCAAGCUGAGGCAGGAUAUUCAGCAAGCUGGUGUCCGCUUGAUGGAGUGCAUCAAUGGGCUGGCCAACAUCACUGUCGUCUUGGACGAGGUAGAGCAGGCGCGACCACUCGGCGACCUCGACGUUGUCUUUGAGAAGUACUGCCUGCGCUUGCCACAGGCCCGCCAGUGCCUCACGGACUUCAACUCGGUGCUGCUACCCUGUCUGACGCGCGAGGAGCGCCAGCACAACGCCGUGUUGCAGCGCAUCAUCGGCAAGCUGCUCGACUUUGUCUGCUACAAGAACGGCGAUCAGAUAGCACUGUUCAUUGCUGAGCAGGGGCCCGAGUGUCUGGAGCACCACAAGGACAAUGUGGGCACUUGCCUGGAGAAGUCCUUCGGCCACUAUAUGCCCAGCCAGCUGAACAUAUCGCAGGCAGAGCUGCCCGAGCUGGUGCUCGGCACGCGCCAGUGCACCGAGCUGCACGAUUUCGAGUCGUGCGUCGUGCGCCACUUGGAAACGUGCAGCAACAUCACGCCCAGCAACAUCGUGGAGUCGAUGUUCCGCUACGUGCGCAAGGAGUCCAACUGUCAGCAGGUCGUCGAUCGUGUGGCCAGGGACCGCAGCGAGGCACUGGGCCUGCGUUCGGGCGCGACCAGCCGCUGGACAACCGCAGCUGGAGCAACGAUUAUCUUGGCUCUGGGCUCGGCUCUAAUGUAGUGAAUUUAGCUGUAGAGAUUAUCUCAAAUGCGGUGCAUUGUACAAACUUUUGUUCACGCCUGUUCCCAUAUUUUUUUUAUUUUUUUUUCAUACUCCUCUUCGUGUGUAUUUCAUAAUUAUAUUUAAUAAAGUCCACGCUGCGUAUGCGCAAUGUGCUCUUAAGCCGCUUAACGGCUUCGCUUUUAAUGCCCGCCAGCAAGCUGAAAGU